AUGGCCUUAGCUGGAACAGAUCUGUUUGUUAUUGGCCAAAUUGUUGGCAUCCUUGAGAAUGAAGCAUCCCUCAUCACCGGGGUUGGGGAUCAAGUUGAUGAGAUUAAGCUGGAGCUGAUUAGCAUGAGAUCCUUCUUGUAUGAUGCUGAGGGCAAGAGAACACGUUCACAUGGAGAGGAGACGUGGGUGGCAAGUGUAAGAGACUUGGCGUAUGAUGUUGAAGACAUUAUUGAUGAAUUCAUGUAUCAUAUGUAUGAGCAGAAAAUUGGAGGUCGAUUUUUGAGGUGGCUGUACAAAACCAUUAACAUUCCAAAGAAUCUCUGGUUUAGAUGUCAAAUUGCAAACAAGUUACAGAAAAUCACUACAAUGAUCAAGGCCAUUCCAGAGAGAAAUCAAAGAUAUGGUUUAGCUGUUAUAGAAGGGACAAACACUUCUUUUGAUAUGAGCAAAUGGGUGCAAAACCAAGCGAAUUCUUCUCUUUUCAUCAAGGAGGAAGAACUUGUUGGAAUUGAAGACAAAAAGCAAAUGUUAUUGGGAUGGUUGAUGGAUGAAAAACAGCAUCAAAUUGUUGUCUCCGUGGUUGGCAUGGGAGGAUCAGGAAAGACAACUCUAGUUGCCAAGACCUUCACCAAUGAAGUUGUCAAGAAACAUUUCGGCUGUUAUGCUUGGGUUACUGUCUCCCAAAGUUAUGUGAUUGAAGACUUACUUAAAAGCUUGAUCAAGGAAACAAUGAAGGAUGAGAGCCCUGAAAAUUUGAAUUUCAUGAGCUAUAGAGAGUUGCUAGAGAUGCUGGUAGGCUUUUUGGAGUCUAAAAGGUACCUAAUUGUAUUGGAUGACGUGUGGGAUGCCAACCUGUGGGAAGAAAUUAAGUGUGCGUUUCCAGAUGGACAAUGUGGAAGUCGAAUAAUGCUCACAACUCGAAAAGAAGACAUAGCAUCAUAUUCUUUUGGGGUUGAAAGCCAUUUUCACAGUAUCCAGCCCUUGGAAAAGAAUUAUGCAUGGGAGCUUUUCAGCAAGAAAGCAUUCUCUACUUGUCAUAACAAAAUUUGUCCACCGGAGUUUGAGCCGUUAGCUUGGGAACUUGUAGAAAAGUGUGAAGGUCUUCCUCUGGCUAUAGUGGCUUUAGGUGGUGUUAUGUCUUCUAAGAAGUCGUUGGAUCAAUGGAGCGAAGUCUACAACAGCUUAAAUUGGCAUUUGAGUAACAAUCCAUUGCUAAAACCUGUUCGAAGCAUUUUGUUGCUUAGUUUUAAUGAUUUGCCAUACAGACUGAAGCAUUGUUUCCUCUAUUGUUCACUUUUCCCAGAAGACUAUGUGAUCAUCAAUAAAAAAGUCAUAAGAUUGUGGAUUGCCGAAGGAUUUGUCGAACAAGUCAAAGGGCUCACACUAGAAGAAGUUGCAGAGGGAUAUCUUAUGGAACUUGUUUCCCGUAGUAUGCUACAAGUCAGGUAUGCUAGUUGGAAUCCUGCAUGUAAGAUGCAUGAUCUUAUACGUGAGCUUGCUCUGUCAAUAGGAGAAAAAGAAAGAUUUUGUGCUGUAUAUGAUGGCAGAGAAGGAAUGGAAGAAACUAAAGCACGCCGUCUGUCAGUUCAAACAGUUGAAGGAGAACUUGAAUGUUGCAAAGGUCUGUCACAACUUCGUUCUUUCCUUGUGUUUGUCACUGAUGUACUUUCAUUCUCUUUCUCAAGAAAAUUGGCUUCUGAACUUCAACUUUUAAGGGUUUUAGAUUUGGAGAAUGCUCCAAUUGUUAAACUUCCAGAUGAACUAAUGUACUUAUUCAACUUGAAGUAUCUCAAUUUGAGAGGAACUCUAGUUAAGGAACUCCCAGAAGCCAUCAGAAAGCUUCGAAACCUUCAAACAUUGGACUUCAGAUACACAAAUGUAGAGGUACUUCCAAGAGGAAUUUCCAAGUUGAUCAACUUGCGCCAUCUACUGGGUUACCGUUCCUUGAGUGAUUCUAUGCUUUUCAAAAGACGUAUUGGGGUCAAAGCACCAUCAAAUAUUAGUACGCUGAAAAAGUUGCAGAAUCUUUCAUGUAUUGAAUCAGAAGGGAACUUCAUUACACUUCUAGGAGGCAUGACCCAACUUAUAACCCUUGGCAUUGCAAAUGUGAAGGAAAGAGAUGCAAGAGACCUAUGUGUUGCAAUUGAAGAGAUGAAAAUUCUUCGCAGCCUAGACUUAUGGGUAACACAGCAAGAGGGAUAUCUUCGAAUUGACACACUAUCUUCACCUCCUCCCCACCUUCGGCAUAUUUCUUUGGCAGGCAAACUGGAAAAGGUACCUGUUUGGUUUUAUUCACUCCACAACCUCACAUCCUUGCAUCUACAUUGGUCCAGACUCGAAGAAGAUUUGCUACCUCACAUUGAAGGACUACCCUGUCUGGAGAGUGUUACCCUUAUUAAUGCCUAUGUUGGAAAAGAGUUAAGCUUCACUAGAGGCUUUUUAAAGCUUACACGACUAAGCUUGAGAAAUUUUCCAUCAUUGGAAAAUAUUACUAUAGAAAAAGGGGUGAUGCCAAAUCUCCAGUUCUUAGAACUUCAAGGAUGCAUGGGACUAACGACAUUGCCACAAGGUUUUGAGUAUCUUACUAAACUAGAAGGGUACUUGUUUGACACUGUUCCAGAGCAACUUAAGGAGUCCAUACAAGGAGCUAUGGAUUAUAGUCAAAAGGCAGAACGUUUCAAGUCCAUGAACUUUUCUAGCUGAACUUGUAUUUAUUAUUCCAUUUCAAUUUAUUGUAUCUGUUGAUUAUACUUUUUGGGGUAAAUAAUCAAAGUUUGUUACUUUUCUU